AUGACAGUUGCUGGUUCGAAUAAGAUGGAUGGCGCAGCUGCACCCUACGAGCCGACGGCAAAUCUGGACACGGUGGUUUUCUCCAAAGUGUUGGACCGUGAUCCUGAGACAAUCCACAAAAUCAUCUCGGCCUGCGAGAAUGUUGGGUUCUUUUACCUGGACAUAUCGGACCAAUAUUCCGCGACAUUGCUAAGUAAUCUCGAAAAGUUGAACAUUGUCAUGAAAGAUUGGUUCGACCAGCCCACCGCCACCAAGCGCAAGGAACUUGCGAUCAGCAUGGCGUCUCAUGGAUACAAGCCCAUUGGUUCCCAGGCUGGGACUCACGGGGGGCGAGAUGGCUGGGAGGUUCUCAAGACAGGUAGCUUCGAAUUGGCAGGUCGAUGGGGUCUUCCGCCAGUGGUAGAAGACAACCUCCAGACGUUCACUUCUUUCCAAAGCCAGUGUCACUACAUCACAAGAGUGUUGCUUGACCGCAUCUCAAACGCCCUAGGACUCAAGGGAGCCCAAAGCCUCAACCACUUCCACCGCAGCGAUUGUCCAUCCAAGAGCGCGCUUGCCUUUUUGCACUAUAUCCCCAUGGACCCAACGGGAGGCUACGCCGGGCACAAUGUUCACACCGAUUAUGGGACACUGACGCUUGUUUUCGCGCCUCAGUGGGGUUUGCAAGUCCUCUCCCCUCCCGAAAUCUCCCCUCCAUCUUCAGCCUCCUCCUCAGUGUCUCACGACUCAGACGAAAGUCUCGACAGCGGCUACCACAGAGGACACAAUGGGGACCAAAACGACCAAUCAAAGAACCUACAAUCUGAAAACCUCGACAAGGAAGAGACACCUGAAGCACCACUGGAGUGGCAGUACGUAGAGCCGCGUCCCGGUUGCGCUGUUGUCAACGUGGCUGAUGUGUUGCGAUUCUUGACUCGAGACCGAUUGAAAUCAGCGGUGCACAGAGUGCUCCCGCUGCCGGAUGUGGAUCGCUACUCUGUCACAUAUUUCCUGAGACCCAGUGACGAUGUCGAAUUCGUUGACGGCGAUGGUCGGCUCACUAACGUCAUGGAUUGGUAUGACCGCAAGAACAAUAUGUAUGAAGCUUCUUAUGGGGCCCAAGACCGGUCCCUGCUCAUCGGAGGAUUAUACAAGGAGGUCUAG